AUGUCAGAUAUUUACUGCGCCGAGCAAAUUAAAAUUCCGCCUACGUUUGCGCAUAUUUUGAAAUUGUACGCAAAGGCAGCAAUUCGUACGCAACCCUAUGAUCUUCUGCAGUGGACGUGUGCUUAUUUCCAUGCCCUCGCGAACAACGAGGUGCCUCCUGUGAAGGAACGAUUGGAGUACCCUCCCUUCACUCACCCUUCGGGUAUCACCCCUGGCUACCUGAGGACCCUUUUGAACGCGUUCGGUCGCGUGGAGAAAAUCUGCCUGACGAGUUUGCUGUUGAGGUGGCAAGGCAUUGCACUAUCCGAAGCAAUCCUCUUCCAGAUUUUAUCGGUGGGCAAAUUUUUACCAGCUAGGGAAUGCCACUUUUACAAAUUCCUCGCGAUCGCUUGCGGAUUCCUCGGCAAGAAUCUGCUCGAAACGAUGGUGUACGUGUGCGAAUUGCUGACGGAAGAGCCAAAAGGUGGUUCCGCGAUGAUACCUCUGUUGACCUUCCUCGACUUGUACGUGUUCCUGGCCGAACUGGAUUGCAGUGGUGAAUGUACCUGCGCGGCCGAGGAUCGGAAGGACACGGAGCAACUUUUUCGCCCUUGCGGACCGAGUACCGAUUCCGACCAGACCAGCACGCUGGAUUCGAAAUUAUUCCAGGUGUCGUCCACCACGGUGGAAGAGGCGGAAGACACCGGUCAGCAGGAUAUUUGCGGGUUUACCGCCAGCCAAGACAGUCGAUCAACGGAGACAUUGCAAGUUCUUAAAGAAUUCGGAGUUGACGCGAGGACCUCGGAAAUUGAUGUACUGUAUCAGGAAAAGGAAAAGGAACAGCAACAGCUUCCUCGGGAGGAAGAGAAGAUCGAAGCUGACAUGAUCGAUCAUACAGAACACGAAGAGAAAAAGGAGUCAGUUCAGCCGGAAAUCAGCCCGACAGAAGAAAAACGCGAAAGCAUGCAGCACGCUGAUCAUACCGGUCGUGCAUCAGCUAUCACUGAAAGCAUCGCUGAUCAACAGGACACUCCUGAUUUUCCAUUCUUCGACAUGGACGAUGUCUACGACAGAGACGAGGAACCGUCCUCCUUCGGCGAGGAGGGAAGCGUAGAAGAAUCGAUGUCCCUUCAACGGCUGGACGACGAUUACAAGUCCAUCGGCCUCAGAAAUAUUCUUGAAGGUAUUUGCGAGUGUCUGGAGCCGGUUCCAGAAACGGUACGCACCCCUACGCCACCUCCACCACCCGACCCUUUCGAAGAGUUUUUGAAAAGAAUGAAAACUGAAAUAGAGGAAGAUCGUCUUCAAAUGUUUUUUCGAGUGCCUGGGAUCGGUCGACCGGUGUCCGCGAAUCGUGUCACGGCUGUUGGAAUAUGGCUGGCGGAUUGUGGUCGUCGUCAAGAAGGGAUGGUCGGACCGCGGAACAUCACGCACUUUCUUUGCCCGGAACUUGAGGAUACUCGUGAUAAUAGCGUGUCCACUAAUAUGACAAUUUGAAGCUUCAUGCAAAAGUGUACAUCUUCCAUGGGACAACAACUAUUUUGGGAUAUAAGCGGUUGAAAAUUGGAUUUUCAUUACCUUCGAAGACUUCGGUGUCUUAAUUAACUUUUCGAAGAAUCGCCUAUCUAAACGAUGCUUAUUACUUUUGCAACGUCCUGUACGCACGCUUUACUCGCUGCACUUGCACGGAUCUCGUUCGGGUGCAUAAUGAAUCAGUGGCGUUCGACUCUCCCAGAGAGUGGAUGGUUGCAACCCCCUGCAACGCGUAUUUUCUCCUCUCUCUCUCUCUCUCUCUCUCUCUCUCUCUCUCUCUCUCUCUGUUUGGCCGGUUCCGUCGAGGGCACGAGACCCAUGAUAAAGUCGUCCUUCUCCCACCGGCUGACUAACUCCACCGUAAUGGCCGGGAAUAGUUUCCAAUCGAUCGAUCGGGACGAGUGCCUCUUCAGUCGGCGUCGAGUACGGAAAAAGGACCGCCUCUACACAGACGGCGACACCACACCGUCCGGAAUAUAUACGACACCGACGUUCCUUCAUUUCGUCCGCAUGAAUAUCGAAAGCCGGGCUCGAACGCGACCGGAAGCAAUUCCAGCAUCCCCCUGGGAAUGGCCUUGGCAUCGUCGCUACCCAGGAUCAACCGCGACCAGCGAAUCCAUCCAAUUCGUCGGCGAAUUGGCUAAAUAAUCAGCGUCAUCAAACCUUCGUCCAUAUUGCCCUUUCACCUCUCUUUGUCAAGAAGAUUACCAGUCUCGACCGACUCUGUAUUUUCUAUUUUCUCUUCUAUCGGAUCCUUCGGUCUAUUAUGGAGAUUUACUACUUGCUGGAUCUACGAGGAUGCUCUUUCUUUUUUAGAAUCUUUACGAGCUUCUCUGUUGUACUGAAUAACAGGUACAAGCUAGUCGGAACUUCGAAGAACUUCGACGUUUAUCGUAGGAACAAGUUUAAUUGAGCGAAGAAAGAUACUUUUCCGUUUAACGUUGAAGCAAAACGAGGGGGAAACGGAGUGAGAAUAUAGCUAACAUGGAGUAAUUGCUGUUUCCUUAUGAAGCAAGCAUUAUGAUAGUGAUUCGUGUUCAGAAACACUUGAAAAAAUCUGAUUAUUAGAUGUUACAUUGCUACAAUGUUAAAUUUUAUUUUGUGGAAAUAAAGAAGUGU